ACACGGGGUUAGGCUCACUCUUGCUCUCGCACCCUCAUUCUCAAACUCACCUUCGUGAUCGUGACUCUGCUCUGUGGCUCUGUGUCUCUGUGUCUCGGCGUCAUCAGCGGCUCGGCCCUCCAUCUCCGGCUCUCGGCGCUCUCGCCAGUCCCCUCAGACCUCAAUCUCACCUCCCAGGGCGCCCUCGCGCCUUGCUCUUACUGUCGUCGGCACGCCACACGUCAUGCACGCGGCGGCUCGCCUUGCUCUGUCUCUGCUUGAUGCCACGGUCGGCCGUGAGCUCAUGAAUCUCAGUUAGUUGAUGCUGUCGACCUCUCAUCUCUUCCUCGUCCCAAUCCCUCAAUCUCAAUCUCUAUAUAAUUGUUGUUGCCGUUGGAAUGGAUGACUGUGGAAGUUGUGUGGAUUGCAGGUCCUGCAUAUGACAUGAAGUUUUGUAUGGUGGCAUUUUUCUCAUGCCUUCACAUGGAAGCCAUUGCUUAUUAUGGAUGUAGAUGCCUUCAGUGGUCUAGAAUGGAGUGAGAUGAGUGAGGUAUUGGCCACUGUGAAAUGAGAAUGAUAUUGCUAUGUAUGGUUUCUCGUUCACUUUUUCUUUCCUCUUUCAAGCAUCUAAUUACUCCAUCAUCUCUGUCCUGUUGGCACCACUCAUUGUCCCUCCCCCACUUCGCCAAUGCACCGCCAGUUGAUGCUCUUCAUGCUGUGGCUGUCAGGAAUGCUUCUCUUCAAGCUUCUCAGUCAGCCAAUUUUCUUUUGACUCUUUAUCUUAAAUCCAACAAUUUGGAUAGCGCUCAUAAGCUGUUUGAUGAAAUUCUCCUCAAAGACACCCAAACAUGGUCCAUUCUCAUAUCAGGUUAUGCUCGAUUGGGCUCUUCCCUUAUGGUAUUUACCCUUUUCAGAGAUAUGCUGGUAGCAUCUAUAGCUCCAAAUCAGUAUACAUUAUCCAGUAUCUUCAAGUGUUGCUCCAUUGGAAACAAUCUCUGGCUCGGCAAGGCAAUCCAUGCAUGGAUGCUGCUAAAUGGCAUUGAUGGAGAUGUUGUGCUGCAUAAUACUAUGCUUGAUUUUUAUUUGAAAUGCAGAGAUUUUCAAUAUGCAAACAAAUUAUUCAAUUUGAUGGAAGAGAGAGAUGUUGUGUCACGGAAUAUAAUGAUUGGUGCAUAUAUGCAAACUGGAGAUGUGGAGAAAUCUCUCAACUUAUUCAGAAAUUUUCCUUACAAGGAUGUUGUAAGUUGGAAUACAGUCAUAGAUGGACUGAUGCAAUGUGGUUAUAAAAGAUAUGCGUUGGAACAACUUCAUUAUAUGGUGGAUAGUGGAAUUCAAUUCUCUGCAGUCACUUUCUCUAUAGCUCUUACGUUGGCUUCUUCCUUAUUCCUUUUGCAGCUGGGUAGACAACUUCAUGGGCGUGUUUUAAAAUUUGGUAUUAAUGGAGAUGGUUUUAUAAGGAGUUCACUUGUAGAAAUGUAUUGCAAAUGUUCAAGAAUGGAUAAAGCAUCUCUAAUCCUCAGAGAAAUACCCUUGAAUUUUCUAAAAUCACAAAUGUCUAAAGUUUCUUGCAAUGAACCAGUGGCUGAAAUGGUUUCAUGGAGUUCAAUGGUUUCUGGCUGUGUUUCUAAUGGCAAUUAUGCAGAAGGUUUAAAAUUAUUUAAGAUUAUGGUUCGCGAACUAGUUACAGUUGACAUUAGGACCAUCACAAGUGUUAUUUCUGCUUGUUCCAGCAUCGGAAUUCUGGAUGUUGGUCUGCAGAUUCACACCUACAUUCAGAAAGUUGGACAUGGAAUAGAUGCUUACGUGGGUUCAUCUCUAAUUGAUAUGUAUUCUAAAUCUGGAAGGUUGGUUGAUGCUAUUAUGAUUUUCGAACAAAUCAAUGAUCCAAGUGUUGUUUUGUGGACCUCAAUGAUGUUUGGUUAUGCAUUGCAUGGCAAAGGGAGGCAGGCGAUUUGUCUUUUUGAAGAAAUGAUGAAUUUGGAUAUUACCCCGAAUGAGGUUACCUUCUUAGGGGUUUUAAAUGCAUGCAGCCACAAAGGCCUGCUUGAAGAAGGACGUAGAUAUUUUGAGAUGAUGAAAGAUGUUUAUUGCAUUGACCCAGGACCCGAACACUUAACUUGUAUGGUUGAUCUUUAUGGUCGAGCAGGGUGCUUACUUGAGGCUAAGAAGUUUAUCUUUGAACAUGAUAUCUCUCACCUCAGUUCUGUAUGGAAAUCUCUUUUAUCUUCUUGCCAACUUCAUAAAAACGUUGAAAUGGGAAAGUGGGUUUCUGAGAUCCUACUUCAAGUUGCACCUUUUGAUACAGGAGCUUUUAUUUUGUCGUCAAAUAUGUGUGCUGAUAACCGUGGAUGGGAUGAGGUUGCUAGGGUAAGGAGUUUAAUGCAUCAUAGAGGUGUCAAGAAGCAUCCUGGUCAAUCUUGGUUGUAGCUAGAGGAUCAAAGCCACACCUUUGUCAUCCGAGAUAGGUCCCCACAGAAUACAAGGAUGGACUCUCCCUCUCUCUCAUGUGGGGAUUCUUUAAUUGGAAGAUUAAAGAAAUUGGUAUAAUCCCUUGUGUCUGAUUGGUCAUGCAGGAUAUAGAUGAGGAACAAGGGAAGUACUUAUUGGUCAUCACCGUGAAACACUCGCAGUUUGUCUUUGGAGUCAUUAACUCUGCCCUUAAUUCACCAAUUGGAAUUGG